AUGCAGGACCCGUCGCAAGGCCUGUACUCAGACAGCCAGACGCAGUCGACGUACCCUCCCACUGGUCCAGCGACUUUCCCUUCCCCGGCUCAGAACGCGGCCACGGUUCUCGAUCGUUCUGCCACUCCCUCCUCGUCCCGACCCAUCCUGGGCUCGCCGACGUCGCAGACCAGGACAUCUCUGCAUGGCAGACGCGACAGUGUCCAGCAGUCAUUCUCUCAGCUGCGCAUGUUUGCGCACAAGUUCGAGACAGCACGGGGUAGCCCAGAGCAGCCGAGACCUUCCGCGACUCCGCAGGUCAACACAACGGCCGCCUCUCCCCCACAGUCGUGGGCGCAGCAGCCGCAGGUGACCACCGCUUCGUCCACUGGGAUACCUCUGGCCCACGGGGUGCAGCAGCUUUGGAGCAGGCAGCUUCUCACCCCUUCUGGGACAGCGCCGACAGCGCAGCUACAGGCCCCUCAAGGCGCGGUCUCUCCCCAGGCGCUGUCGACUGUGCCGCGGCCAAGUGAGGAAUCCGGGUCGGCCGUGCCCCAGCGUCCUCUCCAGGCUUCAGCGCUGGGCCAUGCUCCGCGUCAAGCCUCUCAGGCCUCCCCCCGGCCAGCACCGCCCGCACCGGUUAGGCAGCGUCCAGCUCAGUACGCGGCCCCAAUCUCCCAGCGGCCAGAAACUCAAGUAGCGCCUCCGGCUGUUCGCAGUGCCCAAGUUGAUGCCGUCUCAGCGCUGUCGGCAGGGCCUGCGAGACAGUCAGCUGCGAGACCGCCAGCGGCGAGGCCAUCUACUCCAGCGCCUGGCCCGGCUGAAGUGGCCAAACUACCUGCGCCACACGCUCAAGCAGCAAGGCCUCCUGCGGCCGCUCAAACCGCUGUUAGGCCUCCUCGGCCUAUUCCAAUAGCACCGAGGCCUGUCGCGUCCCUGGCUGGCCAGACCCCACCUGCGACGCCAGCAGCUCCUGGCCGCGCAUCUCCUGGCCACGCACCCGCGCCGACGACGCCAAGAACCCCUAAUGGGACUAGAUUGGUUCCGAUCUCCGCCUCGCAGGUCUCAACCCCUCGCAAAGCCGUCAACAUCUCCUCAGGCCACAGCGAGGGCUAUGUUCGCCGGGAGGAGAUGGCCGGAGCUGGGCCUGUGUACGUCAUUGCAAAGGCGUCGGAGCGCGUUUGGAACUCUCAACACAGCCAGUCAAGCCAGGAUCCGCAGGCCGCACAGGUACGCACGCCUGAGACACAAGCGUCAGCCGCAGCAGUGGCUCCAUCUGCUAUGCGGUUCGGUGCAGGCAACGACGCUCCGCGUCAGGCUCGCCCAUGGCCUUCUCAUCCGACGGUCACUACUCAUCCUGCGGCUCGUCCUGUUCCUGAGGCGGGGCCAUCGCAGCCCGGACUGACAUCUCAACCAGCGCCCUCGACGGCGCCAGCGCCAACUGCAACUGCUGCCCAAGCCCCAACUGACCCAGCCGCGCGGCCGUCGUCCCAGCCUGCAGCCGCAGCUUCACCGACUCCCGCGUCUCAACCGCCCAAGAUCGGACGUCCGCCUGGAACUGGUAAGCUGCAGAUCGCAGCCGGUGGAGAACGCGAGGCUGCGACCGGCACUUUGGCGAGUACCUCGAACGGAACGUCCAAGACACCCGUUGCAUCACCUUCUGCUUUAGAUGCACCUGGUCCGCAGGCUGCUGCGCACGCGCAGCCGAAGAGAAUCGGGCCGAUCAACCGAGCAAUGGUAGUCGUACCAAUCUCGCGGACGAGGCGUGAGCAGUUGAUUGCGCGCGGGGUGUACGACCCGUUUAGAGACGAUGCUGAUCCGUACUUGGAGCCUGAGAGGGUCAGCCGCCGGCCACGCGCUGCCCAGACCUACCCGGUGACGAAGAUCAUCUCUGCCUCAAUCUCGCGCGGGACAGCUCAACGUAUCCGUGAGCCGGAGGUGAUCAAGGACCGGUUCGCGCAUCCUCCCGAGCCGCCGAUGCGUGAGCCCUUCAAGAGUGUGCUCGCCCGGGACAGCCUGCUUAACCGGCUUGGCAACUACGUUUGCGAGUGGAAGGGGUGCGAGGCAGAGAUGGCGUCCGAAUCCAAGCUGCUCAGACAUGUGCUGGCCAGAAACCAUGCGGGACAGGCCGCCUUCACCUUUGGCAACCUUGAGCUCUACAAGUGCUACUGGGGUAAUUGCGACAGCGCGUCGUUCCGCACUGCGGGCAAGCUUGAGCAGCACAUGCUGGCCAUGCACGUGUGCGAGAAGCUUGUUUGCCCGUAUGAAGACUGCCACCUGCGCUCGUCGACUAUUAGCCACUUAUACCGCCAUGUGGUACGGAAUCACGAAGACGGUGAUCAGCCGCGUCCGCGCGUCGACUGCCCGUCAGAGGCGGCGCUCUCUCCUCCUGAGGCUUUACCGGCCUCAAUAGCGACGGUUGAGCUGACAACAUUACCAGCGCUGGGCAAGUCGUACCGGACUGAGCGGUACCAGGAACUGGCGCAUGCCAAGGUGCUCAAGAUGUGCGUCGCGCCAGAGAACCCGGAAAUCCACGUUGUUCACCCGCUACACAUGCUCGAGGUGAUUGGGAACGAGGAUGAGAAUAUCGCCGAGACGCGUGAGGCGUCGCCGCAGGGAGGGAAGCGGGGGGACGCUGAGGAAGAGACGGAGGAGGAGAGGGAAACGCCAAGCGAGGAGAUUGUCCUCCUGGUGGAGGCGGCGAUUGUACAAGACCCGUUGCAGCGGAAGCGAAAGGACGCCUCCCUUCCUGGACCGGAUGGCGGAACCAAGCGUGCGAUGGCGCGGCGUACAGGUGGCGACCCGGUGACGCCGCGGUCUAGCCAAAGAGUCGCUACGCAGCGCAAGGUCAAGACGGAGGCGGUGCGCAUUACUCGGCGGCAGACGGCCCGGCGUACGGGUGCUGUGGGGUCGCCUAUUCCCGUGUCUGACGGGUCGAGUCGUGGGUCCAAGGACAAUGGCCAGGGCGGGAGAGGCGACUCGAAGGGGGUUGAGUGGGCUCGCUCUGGCCGUGGCCGUGGGCAGCGUAUGGUUAUCGAAUGCAUUGAGGUGCCGCGUAUCGACACGUCUGGGUACCAGAGGAUGGACAAGUAG